ACUGGCUCUUGGGCGCGGUGUGAACGAUGGGCUCUCUGUCGGACUCGCAGGCGAAUGGCGACCGUCAGCCGCCGCCGGCGGAGGCGGAGGAUGCCGGGCCGCAGGUCGAGGAGGGAGAUACCGGCGAGAAGAUGGAGGGCGUCGCAUCCAUCGCGCUGCUGCCCUCUGGCGCCAUCUCCGGCCACUUCAUCCGCCUCCCGGACUCCGCCUGCUACGGCCUCCAGGGCACCCCGAUACCAUGCGAGAGGGAAUGUAGCCGAGGAGAUGAUUACCGCCUUAUAAAGCUAUCCAUCAUUAAUUUUAAGAGGAAGACAGAGAAGGUGGUUGUGGUGGAAUGCAGGGGACAUGAUGCUGCUCGAUUACAAAACAUUGACCAUUUGCAUGGAUGGGAAGAUGACGUUGUUGGACUGGUUCAAAAGAAACAUGGGAAUAAGAAAGUCUUGGUCUCUUUCGAAUGCGAGACGCUGAAGGCUGAUAAAGCCGCUGAAGAACAUAUUAGCAAGUAUAUGCCAAAUCUUUGCGGACUGGACGCAGUUGUAAACACGGGGAAGAUGAGUAUCUCCGGCAUCAACCUAGACGAGGACGAUGAACCAAGCGGCGACAGCUGAGAGCAGAAACACGUUGUCAAUGUGUUAGCUGCGACGGUUUCUCUGCCUCGUCGAUGCCGUCGACAAAGCAGGACUGUGUGUCGCUGUUACCCACAGCAUGAGUUUUAUGCAACAAAUCAGCACUUGUGCACUUGAAACGGAGCGCUGUGUAGCAAGUGUAUACCUAAACGGAAUGUGUGUUGCUGUUGCUGCCUCUGGCAUGAUCCUGCUGAGGCGAUUGUACACCCUUGGACCUAGGUUUGGUGUUGGGUGGGCCAUUGGCGGCGCAAGCCUUCGUCCCCGCCCGUGCUGUUUGUCACGCAUGUACGGGCAGAUAUCUUGCAUUUCCUGUUUCCUCA